AUGACGGCAGUUUUUCAAAGGUCUUAAUCAUAGAUUGAAGAAGAGGAGGAAAUAAAUAAAGCUUUGGAGGAAUGCUUAAAUGAUAUCUGGGAUCAUUAUGAUUAAGACAGGAAUGGAUUGCUUGAAUAUAAAGAAGCGAAAAGAUUCUUGAAAGAUGUAAUGAAAGAAUCUGGUAUGGAGAAAAUAUCAUCCUCUGAGAUUAAAAAGGCGUUUGACGAUUUCGAUUCAGAUGGCAGUGGAGCUCUUAGCAAGGAUGAAAUGAAAGUAAUUAUCCGGAUGCUAACAGGAAUUUGA